CGCACGUCUAUUUGACUUUAAUCAACUCCCGACUUCAACUAUUUUGAGCCCCUGAGAACUAUAUCCAUUCAUUCUCGGACUUUCUACCUUCAUAUUCACCAUGGACAAACUCAAGACACCCAAGGAGGAACCCCAAGAGAAGACAGAGUCCCAGCCCACGACUGUUGAAGAGUAUCAAAAGAAAUGGGACCAGAUGCUCCAAGAUACCGCAAAGCAGAUCGACAAGAUUCGAGAAAAUGAGCUAGCGAGAAGGUCAAAUAACAAUCAAACCGAACAGCGUUGAUCAAUACCACUUUAUUGUUGAAACCGUCUAUGCAAGCCGUGGGGUUUAUUGGAAACCGAGCUUCUGGUAUUUUG